UUUUUAUCUUAUUUGCGUAUAAGUUAAUAAAUGAGAUUAAAUUUAAAAAUUAUGACACAAUGAGUGAGUUUAUAUGUGUUCAAGUUGGACAAUGCGGAAAUCAAAUAGGAAGUGCAUUUUGGCCGUUAGCACUACACGAAUAUGGUGUAGAAACAUCAAGUGGUGGCGUAAAUCAAUUGAAAAUUUCAAAAGAUCAUAAAAAAAAUGUCGACGAUCUGGCUGAUGCAUUUCAUAGUUUUUUUUAUGUACCAGAAAACUCGGGAAAUUUAUCUUUUAAGCGAAUAUUCGAUUUGACUGCCGCCAAAGUUAAAGCGCGAGCUGUUUUGAUCGAUAUGGAAGACAGCGUAGUAUCAAGAUUCAAACAAGGCCCUUUGAGAAAUUUAUUCGACCAAACUUGCACUGUUACAAAUUACCCUGGCUCGGGUAACAAUUGGGCUGUCGGAUACUACACUCACGGUAUGAAUUAUCACGAUAAGAUUCAAGAGACGAUAAGAAGAACAGCUGAACGCUGUGACAGCCUUCACGGUUUCUUGUUAACGCAUUCUCUGGGUGGUGGAACGGGAUCUGGUUUAGGAACAGCGACUUUGAGUCUUCUGCAAGAUGACUACCCACAUGUUGACAAAUUUCUGUCGAGCGUUUAUCCAGCAGCAGCUCAAGAUGUCAUUACUGCACCUUACAAUGUUUUGUUAGCAACCAAAGAACUUAUUGAUAAUGCAACUUGUGUUUUUCCGGCAGACAAUGGAGCGCUGCUAGAUAUUUGUAACUCACAAAUUUGUAAAAAGGAUAACGUUGAUCAGUUAAAUUAUAAUGCCACGUGCAAACCCUUCCAAGAUAUGAACAGUAUUAUUGUAAAUAUGUUACUCCAUUUAACGAGCGGAGCGCGUUUUCCAGGAAGUUUGAAUACUGACAUGAAUGAUUUAGCGACAAAUCUUGUACCUUAUCCACAAUUACAUUAUAUAUUUAGUAGUGUCAGUCCAAUAUCUAUGACUGCUCCUAAAUUAUUAAUCGCUAAGAAAACUAAGGUACAAGACGAAUUAUUCAUGAAUGCAUGGUCACGUUCGCAUCAAUUGAUAAAAUUAGAUCCAUUUAAUCAAAAGUCUGUGAUAAUUUCUGCUGGUCAUAUUGCCAGAGGUAACUGUUCAAUGGAUGACAUGAGAAGAAAUAUCCAAAGAUUUCAGAACAAAGCAAAAUUUACACCAUGGAGUAAAGAAGUUAUGAAAAUCGGAUUAUGUGCAGUUCCACCAGCAGGUCACUCUGCGUCUCUCCUAUGUCUUCUCAACUCAACAUCAAUGCGGCUGAUGUUCAAAAAUAUAAUCAAUCAAUUUGACAAACUGUACCAGCGCAAAGCCCACGUCCAUCAUUACUUACAAGUCGACGGGUUCGACGUUGAAAAUUUUUACGAAGCGAGAGAAAGUAUAAAAGUAAUUUGCGAUCGGUACAAAGAAGUCGAGCUACAAAAGCCUCAAAAUAUUCCCCGACUUAAAGUUAAUUAAUUUAUUUUACUUUUACAACAUUAAAUAUUUAUUUUAUUAAUUCCCUUUUAUUUAUUUUAUUUAAUUAGCAUUAAUUCUUAUAAUUUUAUAAUAAAAAAACCAAGGAGAUAAUUUUUUACUGAAUAAAAUUUUUGAAUUAAAUAAAUAAAA